AUGCCACCUGCCGCCACCAAUGAUGCUCCCGACCCCGAAGCGCAACCCCUCCUAUCCUCCGACCGCGCCCGCCUGCCCUCCACUUCCCGGGAGAGCGAUAUUGUCGACUGCCACAUCUCAAAACUCCACGGCGAAGAUAGCACAGUACACAUCCUGCGCGCGCGCUUGCGCACCUUCUUCGCCUCCAAAUGGGGUCACUACUUCGUUAUCAUACUCGUCUCGCUCGACAUAACGUGCAUAUUCGCGGACUUCCUGCUUAAGCUACACGUAUGCGAGCACACCUGCUCCGGCAAACCAGAUCAAGGCUUCGAUCCGAAACCAUGGGACCAGACAGAGGGAGUGCUCAGCAUGCUCAGUCUGCUUUUCAGCAGUCUCUUCAUAGCUGAGCUGGUCGCUUCCGUUUUCGCGUUUGGACCAGGUCGAUACUUUCUCCAGAGCAGGUUCCACGUUUUUGAUGCGGUGGUAAUUGUGGUGGCAUUCGUGGUGGAACUACUUCUCCGAGGACCACUAGAGGAGGUUGGUGGGCUGGUCGUUGUUUUGCGGCUGUGGAGAGUGUUCAAGAUCAUUGAGGAGUUCUCGGCAGGCGCAGCAGAUGAAUUGGAAGGCGUGGAAGAAAGGUGUAAAGGUUUGGAGGAGGAGAAUGAGGGAUUAAGAAAAGAAUUGGAGGGGCUGAGGCAGAGGUAUUCGCAAAUGAGGGAAGGAAAUGGCAACGGAAGACUGAAUGGUUCUGCGUGA